AUGUGCUCUCCUGCUACUUCCAAAAUCCUAUACAGGAACCCCCGGUUCCUCCGAGUAGCUUUUCUGCAGCUUCAUCACCAGCAGCAGAGUGGUGUGUUUUGUGAUGCCCUUCUGCAGGCAGAAGGUGGGGCUGUUCCAGCCCACUGUUGCAUCCUGUCCGCCUGCAGCCCCUUCUUCACAGAAUGCCUAGAGCGGGAAAGACCAGUUCAGGGUCGGAAGGUGGUACUGGAGCUCGGUGGCCUGAAAAUCAGGACACUCAGGAAGCUCGUGGACUUCCUCUAUACCUCAGAAAUGGAAGUAUCUCAAGAAGAAGCCCAGGAUGUGCUUUCUGCUGCUCGUCAGCUCCGCGUAUCCGAGCUAGAAACUCUUCAGCUAGAGGGUGGGAAGUUAGUGAAGGCCCCACAGGCCCGAAGACUAAACCGAGAGUGCCUUCAACCACCAAGUGCUCCACCCAUCCCUGCCAGAGUGGUGGCACCCAGCCACCACCCUCGAACUCCACUGCCUGUCACCCAGACUUCCUAUCCUCUUGGGGCAAUAAGGUUGAAGUCCUUAGGGGAAGAAGAGAGGCCUCACAGAAAGAGCAACCUGCCAAAUGCAGAGAGCUUGUCAGACACUCUUCCACUCAAGAAAAAAGCCAGAGUUUGCCUGACUGAAGAAAGCAGCUCAGCUCCAUCAAGCCACAGGGAGAGGCCUAAGGAGAACAAGAAUGACCCUGCUCUAGGUCCUGCAACGCUCUCCCCUCCAAGCCUGUAUUCUGUGGAUGAGCAACUGUUACCCAGAAAGAUCAGACUGAGUCGCUCAAAGCCCUCGUCCCAUAUUUGUACAUCCAAGCCUUCCAGCAUUUUAAGUGGACCCAGCUCAGUGCCCACAGCCCCUGGCCGACGUCUUUGGAGGCAGAGGAGUAUAAAUAAAGCAGCACAGGGUGUGGACAAGCAGAAGCCACGGGAACACAGCCCUCUACGGAGCACUCCAAACCCACCUGAUGCUGGGAAGACAGGGGGCAGCAAGAAGCAGAGCCCUGAAUUCAGAGCACCCAACUCUGAUUCGGCAGAGGAGGGGCAGAUUGGGAGAGUCAAACUUCGAAAGAUUGUUAAUGGAACCUGCUGGGAGGUGGUCCAAGAGCCUCCCCUCAGAAACUCUCAAGAUAGCUCUCAGAUCCCAGAACCCAGAGAUACAGAAGAGUCUCCAGUAGCACAGCUGUCCUCAGUUAAUGAGCAGGAAAUACCUGCUGGAAUACAACUGUGUCAGGACUCCCCUGAGGACCCUAGGCUACAAAACAUUCUGCUCUCUGCUAGCCACUCCCCAGAACACCCUGUGGUGCAGGCAGAGUUUGGAUCCAGUCCAAUGCUGAUAGGGAAGGAACCUGUGAUGAAUAUUGACUGCACAGAGCCCUACACAUUUGACACCACAUUGCUCAGUCAGCCCUGUGAAGCUGAGCAGUACCGAAUCACAAGUGCUGCAGCCACCAGUGAGCUGGAAGAGAUCCUAGACUUCAUGCUUUGUGGCUCAGAGGUUGAACCUCCUCCUGUAGGAUCUCUGGAGAGUCCUGGGGCUGAGGGCUACAGAACCCCUAGUUAUCACCUGUCCGAAACAGGAAAGAAUUGGAUUGAAGGGGAAGAAUGGUGUUUGCCAGAUGUGGAACUCUGGCCCAGAGAACUCACAAGAUUGGAAAAGGAGCCUCUUGGUGAGAACAAAGAGUCAACUGAGCAUUUUAGUCCCCUUGUCAUGCCCUCUGAAAGCACAGACUCAAUUGAGCCCCUUAGCCCCCUUGUCAUGUCUUCUGAGAUGAGUAGAGAGGCACUGUCAUUGAGAGGCUCUUGGACUCCAGACCCUGAAAUGACCAACUCCCAGCCACUAGAUAGUCAGGGAGAUAAGCUUCUCCACCUUGACUCCCUUGACCCUCCCCAAAGGUGUUAUGGGGAUCUCUCGCCUCCGUGCUCAAACUGGGCAGAGACGGGGCUGGAAGUGUCCCUAAGCAUAGAUGAGGUAUUGUACCCUUCUUCCAAGGCAGGCAUGGAGGUGUCUGGUAACUCUGAACUGCUGGACCUGUUUCCUGCUAGCUCCGAAGAUGAAGAGAUUGAUGUGGUAGACUGGACAACAGAGGGGAGGCUGGGACCCACCAGUGUUCCCUCUGUAUGGCCUGACCCUUCUUCAGAGUCAGAAACAGAAGUAGAUAUACUAACAUAG